AUGAAGGACAUCUGGUUUAAUGAAUUCAGGAAAUUGUAUAAGUGGAAUCCUGAAGAUGAGGCAAAUAUUCAGAAUUUAUUUCACAAAAAGGCUGCAAGAAGACUAUCAGACACGUUGUCGCAAGUUCGCAAAAAGUUGGCAAAAGGUGAUGCACAACCAAAUUGGAUGACUGAUCAGGUUUUGGCUCAAUACCGCAGCAUUUGGAAUACGGAGAAAUUUAAAAAGACUGUUGAGAAGAAUAAAAGAAAUAGAAAUUCAGAUUGUGGGGGAUUAGGACCGUCACUUCACACUGGAGGUUCAAUCCCUAUUACUGAGCAUAGGAGAAGAUUGAAAGAAAAACUUGGAGAAGAGCCCUCGCAUGCAGUGUUAUUCCAAGCAACACACAAAAGUAAGAAAACAAAAGAGUUUAUAUGCAAAAAGGCUCAACAAGUAAUGAAUGUGAGGGAGAAUGUGAGAGAGACAGUGUGGCAGUUUGUAAUGCAGGCAGUAAGUGUGUGUACUGAAGGCAGUAUGUACUGCAAAAUGUGAGGCAGUAAGUGUGUGUACUGAAGGCAAUGUGUACU